CCAGCCCCGGAGUCUGGCCGGGAGCGCGGCUCGUUUCUCCCCGUGUCCGGUCCCCGCGAUCCAGGCCCGGCCCCGCAGGUGCCGCCCGCCCGGAGCCCGCGGGACGCUCCGAUCGGUUGGAGAGACCGGAGCAGGGAGGGGGAGCAGGGCCAGGACCCCGGCUCGGCUUCAGUGCUGAAUCGGACCCAGUCAAACCGAGAGGAGCCGAUCCCAGCCCAGCGUCUGCAGCAGCGUCUGUAGCCUGAGUGUCGCUGAGAGACAAUGGGGCCAGGAGCUGUGGACACUGACAGCCAAGUGCCACUGCAGCGAGGGUACCGUAUUGGUGGCAAUGGACACCAGAGGAGUGGAUGGUGGCCAGAACCUCCUUGUAACUGCAAGAGACGCACUGUCACCCUCACAGUCGCCCUCGCAAUCGUGUUCUUAGGUCUCAUCAUUCCUGUUAUUAUCCUGGCAGUGUUGCUAUCUUGGUGUUCUCCUGCUGCCCUGGGCCCCUGCUGCCCGGACGGCUGGGUCGGAUACCGAGGGAGGUGCUACUAUUUCUCCGAGGCCGAAGGGGACUGGAACAGCAGCCAGAGACACUGCUCCUCCCUCGAUGCCUCCCUGGCUGGGAUCGAAAUCCUGCAGGACCUGGAUUUCCUGCUGCGCUGUAAAGGCCUCCCGAGGGACCCGGGGCAGCCCUGGAAAUGGGUUAAUUGCACCAAAUUCAACCGCCUGUUUGUAAUAACAGCAGAUGGUGACUGCGUGUAUCUGAAUUAUGAGAAUGGGGUCAGCAGCUCACAGUGCACCAGUGAGAGACUCUGGAUCUGCAGCAAACCUGAUGCGUUUACAAAGGCGAAGGAGGCGGCAGUGGAAGGGGGCUCAUAACAAGAGUAUUA